AUGUUGUCCCUGUGCAAAAGAAGGAGAUUUGGGGCAGGUCUGAGUUUGUGCCAGUUGGAAGAAGGGAGAUUUUUCGGUACAUCCCAUCAAGGUGGAUAUUCCCAUGAUGCUGUGGUGUAUGCACUACAAAAAUGUGGCAUUCGUCAUAUUGAUACAGCAAAAAGAUACGGCUGUGAAUCACUCCUUCAGAAAGCUAUCAAAGAAAGUGAUGUGAAGCGAGAGGACCUCUGGAUAACUACCAAACUCUGGCAUAGUGACUAUGGCUAUGAAAACACAAAACAAGCCUGCCUGGAAUCAUGCAAAAGACUUGGUGUUCAGUACCUCGAUCUUUAUUUGGUACACUGGCCCGAUGCACAAGUUCCUGGUAAAAGUAAUCGUGAGGUCCGAGCUGAAACCUGGAGAGCCAUGGAGGACCUAUAUGAGAAAGGUAUAUGUCGGUCUAUUGGUGUAAGCAAUUUUCUCAUUAAUCAUUUGGAGCAACUAAAGGAAGAUUGUAAGAUCACCCCACAUGUUAAUCAGGUGAGUGUUUAUUUCCCCCAAACACAGGUUUUUGAUUUUAGUCUGAGGGAAGAAGAUGUGGAAUUUUUAGAUUCUUUGAACAUCAACAAAAAACUGAUUCACCUAACCUAUCCAAUAUGGAAAGGGUAACGUCAAACCAGAUUGUUCUAACCCGCAACAACCGAAACACGAAUACAUUUUGAACUGCACAAAACUGUUUCACAUCUACAUUGUUCUAUUACCUUUAAAGCUCCUGUCAGUAGCUUAUGAUAUUGAUUAUUAUAUGCACAAAGUGAAUUAAAUGUGGCUUAGUUUCUCUCUC